UUAAUCUGUGGUGUUUGUCCAUUCUUUGACCAUCCAUGAUUCAAAGCCAAAAUAAAAUUAUAAAAAAUUGACAAUUGUCUAUAUUUCAAUUAAACAAAAUGGCUGAGUUGCUUUGAAUGUUAUUGACUUUUGGAAAGCAAAGUCUAUUAAAAACACUUGAAAAAUGUCUAAGAAGGAUCCAAAUGAUCGUAACGAGAGAAAGUUAGACUCUGGUGACUAUGAGAACCUAAUAUCACAGCACAGUAUCUUCGAGUCAUCGAAGCCCAGGCAUCAUGAAUUACCAAGUUUCCCUGGUUUUUCUAACGCUGAAACACAAACAAAACAAAGUGACUUAAAAACUCAGGGCCUUCAAAGCAGCCUUGGACCUUGGCAUUACAAUCCCUGGUGGAUGCUCGCGAGCACCUCGAGAAGUGCUCCAUCUCAAGACGAUUACUCGGACAGUGACCAAGCUAAAGUUAAACAAGAGCCUAGCAGGGCGGGUACUCCAGAUCGCGAUCCCUUACAGAAUGAUUUAGAACAAUUACAAUCCACACCGGCGGCUCCUGCGGGAAUUGACUCUUUCUGUGACGAUUGCUCAGAUCCAUUCUGUGAUUCCAGUGUGGAAGUGUGUCGUAAACUAUUCCAUUGCCCACACUGUAGAAAGAGCUAUCCGACUAUUCUUGAAUUCAACACACAUUUAACAGGUGUGCACCCUGCCCAAAAGCCUUUUAGAUGUCAAAUUUGUCUUGAACCAUUCUAUAAAAAAUCACAUUUACGAAGACACUUGGACUCACACCACACUCGUAAAGAUGUAAACAAAUGUUCAGUGUGCUCAAAAUAUAUAAAAGAUAAAAGUAACUUGCGUAAACAUAUGCAAGUCCACACAGGACGUGUUCCACAGAAACAGUUUAAAUGUGACUUAUGUAAUAAUAAGCGCUAUAUGUCUCUCGACAGACUUAACAAUCACAAAGUUGUGUGCACUGGAGAGAAAGUACUAAAGUACUGUGAUAUGUGCACAAAAGUGUUUGACAAUUCCAGAUCUUUGAAUAGCCACAAAAAGGUGCAUGCGAGGGAGCUAAAAUGUGAAAUCUGUGGUGAACAACUUCGUUCUUUAGAGCAGUUCAACAAUCACAAAAUGAUUUGUAUAGGAAACUCACAAGAAGCUGGCAGCAGUGGCUCCACUGCCGCUGCAGCAGCUCAAAUGAGCCGCUGCUGCACACAACCUGGCUUAUGUGAACAUGACAAGCCAGCUUAUUUAAACAUACCUAGCUACGCAGCCGGCCGUGUUCUCGAUGCUACUAUGUCAUCUCUAAAAUCUGAAAUGAACUGAUGACAUUAUAUUAUAUGUCAGGACUUUAUUAAUAGUAAACUCAAGUUAUUCUGAUUUCAUUUUUUACAGAUUACCAAACGGUUAAAUCAAUGACAGUAAUAAUUUACACAUUUGAGAAUUUCACAAGACUGAUGCAAAUAUCCCGCCUCACAACUUGCUUUAUUAUUACCAUUUUAAUAUAGGAUGUAGCUAGUAAGUAAAUGCAGUUAGAGUAAGUUGAUUACUAUUUGAGCAUAUUUAAAUAAUCACAUUUUAUUCUGCAGGAAGUUAUUUGCUCUGGACUGAUGUUUAUGACAAGCUGAAUGAUCAGAAGGAGCAUUACAUGAUAUUCCCUGCAGAUUAUGUGUGAAUAAUGGUGAACCACAUCUAUAAUGUGUUUUGUGCACUAAAAUAUGCUCAAAUGGUUUCCCACCUUUUAUUUUGUAACAUAAUAUAGUAGAAAGAUAAGUUUCCACAAACCAGCUUUAUUUAAUAGCAAACCAGACCAGACUUGCUUAUUAUACUAUUAAAAUGACAGAUAACAUUAUUUAUUAUUUGAAUAUAACUACACCUUGACUGAUAGAGAAUAAUAACUAUUAGCAUGCAGUAUUACAUUAAUCAUUUUUUUUCUAUUUUGUAAAAUUUGAAGAGCUAUAUUUUUAUUAUAAUUUUUAGGAGUAUAAGUUUACAUUGAGUUGGUCGGUGGAGACUAAACUGAGCAAAUUCUAUUUUUCCAGUGCUCUAUUGUACAUUGCUCCAAAGACAUUUUAAAUGUAGUUUCAUAUGCAUAUUGUUAGGAGUGUAAUCUGAAUAUUUUCUAAAGACAACUAUAUAAUAUUAUGUAUUUUGUUUUGUAGUGUUAGAUCUAGGCAUACUUUGUAAAGUGCAAUGACCUUGGCUAAGCCGGAAACAUGUUGUAGUCUAUGGAAAUAUUUUGUUGGGUAUCAAAGUGAAGCAAAAUAUUUAUUCUUAAAGUGUUAUACACUUAAAAUUAUUGCUUUUAUCCAUAGGAUAAAGACUUGUUACACCAGAGACAAAGUGAAACGAAAUGUGAAAAAUUAGUAACACUCAAUUGUAACAAGUGUUGCCAAUGAUGCCACCACUGUUGUAGAUGCUUGUUGUAGCCAAAGUUGAGCAUUACUGAUUUUGUAGUACAAAAGUUUGUAGCGUGAAAAUUACCUAGUACAUUUGGACUUUCCAAUUUGAAUUUACAACAUAAUUGGUCUCAGGAUGUUUUAUCCUGGUUGUCUUAUCCUGACAAAUUAGUUACAAUUCAACAUGUUUGUUACAAUUAGGUAGUUGUUAAUUUAAAAAAAAUGUGGGUGUGAUUGGUCUUUAAGUUUACAUAUUUUGUACUAUUUGCAUAGUACAAAAUGUAAAUGGACUUGGUAGAAACAGGCGUUACUUUGCAUAAGUCUGUGUGUAUGUGACAUACAAAAUAUAAUAAUUGCAAUAAUUCAUAAAGUAAUGCAAUCAGAAGUUGGGGUGGCUAUGAUAGUGCUAGUUGUUCAUGUUUGUUUCCUAUGUGUACAUAAGGAGCCAAAUGCACUAUACACUAACACCUUGAGGUAGACCAAGUGCCAAUAAUGCUGCCAUUUCACAUUAAAGUGUUGGUUUUGUAUUUCAAUUUAAUUAUUUCUAACACAAACCUUAUGCUUCUUAUUUUAAAGUUCAGUUUAACGAUUCAUGUAUAGGUGCAAGUCUUCAGCACAUUUUUUUAUUACUUAAUCAUUUAAUGUGAAUAACAUGACUGUCAAGAGUAAGUGGGUUGCUCUAAUGACUAAUCAAUUUAUUUUACCUAAAUAUAAUAUUAUUUUACCUACCUAAAUUGUAUGGUGUCUUAUCUUAAUAUACCAAAUGAUAAUUCAUACUACACAGUCUUCAAAUUUAAAACAUACAGUUGAGACCAUAUUGGCAAUUCUACCCAAGGUGUUUUGGCUUUCUGACAUAUUGUUAAGUAAUUUAAUUAUAAGGAAAUGUGCAUGAAUAUUCGAAACUGCCUAAUCUUGAAGAAUUUUGUUUUGUAGGAAUACUAAAUAGGAAAUUGAUGAAUAGUUCUUUGUUGUACACCAAACACAGAACAUGGAAUGUGAGUGUUAUUUUAAAAUUAAUUAUAAGAGAAACCACUUUACUAUCUAUGGUUUAGUGUCACAACACCAAAACCAAUAUCGUCAAUUUGUCUAAUUUAAUCUUGUUCAAUUGCUUUUUAGCUACAAAAUCAAUUAUUUUUGUAAAGUUUUGUGUACAAUUUUAUAUUAUUAUUGAUUUUUGUCUUACACUAAUUGGAAUGGUUCAAAUGAUUAUUUAUUUUUAUAACAAGUUAAUCAAAAGAUGAGACUUCUAUUUCGAGGCUUUUAUAUUCACGUUUAGUUGUUGCUAUUUAUAAUUGUUUUUAUUACAAUAUGUAUAUUAUUUUUUAAGUUUUACGAAUUAAGUAGUUAAAACUCAGUAACCAAAACAAUGGGUAUGUUCUAUGUUGUUUUAAUUUUAUAAUGAAAAUAAUUUACAUGGUACCAUGGAUGAAAAUGUAGAUAAUUUGGUUAUACGAACGAUUCAUUUGACAGAGAUUCUCUUUUAUUUUAUUUUUUUAAUUUUUUGUUAAAGUGAUCAAAUUUUUGGCAUCUUGCUGUAUUUUAUUAUUCCCUUUUUUUUUAAAAGUCUUAAUGAUGUUAAAAACAUGUUAAUUUCCCCAUAAUAAUUAAGACAUGUUAUGUACCUACCCCCGUCACAGGAGCCGUAGUAUAUAAGGCUUUAGUCAAUUACAUUUUUACUACAAGACAAUAAAGCGCGCAUACACAUUUACGAGUAUAUCUGUAAAUGUGAUGCAACAAUUUUUGAAUAUUAUAAAUCUCAACUAAAAUUAAGUUCAGUUAAAGUUUUUCCAUUACUUACAAUAAGCAACUGUAGUAAGAAACAGCAUAGCGUUAAACUUUUUAUAAUUACCUGCAGGGCUACUAUAGAUGUUAAGAUUUUUAUAAUUUAAUAUUAUUUACUUUUGUUACUGAAAUUGAAGAAAACAUGAUGUAAACAGAAAACACAAGUUUGGAAUUACAUCCAAAAUUACUAUAGCUUGGUAAGUUUGUUGAUGACACUCCCAUGAUAUGCGGCCGACGCGAGGGGAAGGACUGCGCGGGUAUGAAGUCGUGCGUGCGGGGUAUGGCUACCCCUCUCCCGGUCCGCGCGGGAUAGGGAGUGUUACGAACGAAUUGGCCAAGCUGUAUGGGCAAAUAAAAUAGCGAGUCGCCUGCGCGGUACACGCACGAGGGGAGUGAGUGAGUGGGGGCGGCAAGCGCUCUCUUCAUUCAUUGAAUCUUGAAAAGCAUGCGUGUAUUCGCCCCUAAACCUGUCGCCAUACACUCACACAAGCAAGACAAUAAGAUUUUGCAUAUAAAGUUAUCGCUCACCCCUUCGUCAAUACAAUUUACCAAAUACCUACCUAACUUAGUAUCUGUUCCCUUCAAUUGUACCAUACGUUAUUUAUAGAUUAAUUAUUAUUAUUAUGUAAAAUUAAGAGUUUAUAAUCAUUUUAAUAUUAGAUACUUAUUAACUUUUAUUUUAUUCAGUAAUUAAAGUUACUGUUAAGGAAUCUUUCUUUUUUAUAUUCGCGUAUAAUAUCUGCAAUAUUAAUUUAAAAUUUAUUUUUAAAAGUUAUUGCACAUUUAUAGAAAUAAAAUAAAACUAUAUCUAUUAAUAUAAUUGAACAAUAGUUCUUUGGUUUUAAUUACAAUAGAAAUUGUUUUUGUGCAUGCGAAUAUUUAUAAGAAAUUGUUACAGCUUAGUUCAUUUUAUAUAGUUUGUAUGUACUAGAUUUUACCCGCGAAUCGAUCCGCCAGAAUUUAGGCAUUGAAAAUGCCCGUGGAAAUCAUUACAUUUCUUAAAAUGAAAAAUAUUUAAGAACUGAUUUUUGAUUUGAAUGCAAUCUAAGUCGUAGAUUACUCUACAUCUACAUUAGGUAUUCUUUUUAUAUGGCGCUAUAAGCUGUAGUACAAAAAUGUUUCAAAAGAAGACGCGUCAAAUACAAAUUCAAACACGGAUAUUGUUUAAAUAAUGUCUAAUCCCAUGAAGCACGCAAUUUUCCUCUAACAAAAAAUACUUUCGUGUUAUUGGGCGCAAAUAUCCGAAAAAUCUAAAUUCGAUCGUGUUUUUUCUGGCAUCUCUUUAAAUUCUGAAAAGUAAUGAAAGACUUGCUUUCUCAGUAAUUACCUACUUAUUUCUAGAUGGCGCUGUACACUGGUUCAUUUGAAAAUUCUGUACUCUAACAGAAAUUCAUUUGAAAAAAUUAAGUUGGUCCUUGUUUAAACAAAGACUGGAUAAUCUUUUUUCGAGAAUUUCUAAGUAAUAAUUUUUUCACUAUCGGAGAAAGGAGGAAAAUGGGUAAACAUUAAUUAAUCAGUACAAAUGUACAAAUAAACAGAAUUAACGAAUUCGUUUCAUCUACCUACAUAAGUAUGGUUUAACGCAUUAUAAAAUAAGUAUAAUAACAGAUUAGUAUAAUUUCUUUUUAACUUAGUAUGGUGUUAAUUAUUUUAACUUACGCACCUAGAAAUAAGAAAAAAUGUGUUCAUAUGAAUUUAGUUAUUACAUAGAGUAUACCUAGUUUAAUCUCUACAGUAGUGUAGACUGUAAAACAGUGCAAUUUCUUGGUAGAAAUUUCUAGUAUUUUCCACCGAAAUAUAUUGCUAACUUUACUUGCAUUAAGGAUAGGUACCACCCUAACCAAAUAAAUAUUACCAACCAUCAUGUGACCGGAGACAAAUAUGCAAACUAUUACUAAGUAAUAAACGAUUGAAACGGAUUUAUUGCUUGAUUUCGCUGCGAUACAUUUGUAUUUUAUUAUAAAACGAAAAAUAACAUCGGAUUACCCUCAUUUUACAAUAAUAUAACCUGUUCAUAAUGCAACAGUCUUCUUAUACGAGUAUUUGUACUCUUUUAAAUUUGAAUAAAACAUUAUUAAGUACUGG